GCCUUUUCUGAAGUGGUUCUAGCCGAGGAGAAGGCGACCGGGAAACUCUUCGCGGUCAAGUGCAUCCCCAAGAAGGCGCUGAAGGGCAAGGAAAGCAGCAUAGAGAAUGAGAUCGCUGUUUUGAGAAAGAUUAAGCAUGAAAACAUCGUUGCCCUGGAAGACAUUUACGAAAGCCCAAAUCACUUGUACUUGGUCAUGCAGCUUGUAUCCGGUGGUGAGCUGUUUGAUCGGAUAGUGGAGAAGGGAUUUUACACAGAGAAGGAUGCCAGCACACUCAUUCGCCAGGUCUUGGAUGCUGUGUAUUAUCUCCACAGGAUGGGCAUCGUCCACAGGGACCUCAAGCCUGAAAAUCUGUUGUACUACAGUCAAGAUGAGGAAUCCAAAAUAAUGAUCAGUGACUUUGGAUUGUCCAAAAUGGAGGGCAAAGGAGAUGUGAUGUCCACAGCCUGCGGAACUCCAGGCUAUGUUGCUCCUGAAGUCCUUGCCCAGAAACCAUACAGCAAAGCCGUCGACUGCUGGUCCAUCGGGGUGAUCGCCUAUAUCUUACUCUGUGGCUACCCUCCUUUUUAUGACGAAAAUGACUCCAAGCUCUUUGAACAGAUCCUCAAGGCGGAAUAUGAGUUUGACUCCCCCUACUGGGAUGACAUUUCUGACUCUGCAAAGGACUUCAUUCGGAACCUGAUGGAGAAAGACCCAAAUAAAAGAUACACCUGCGAACAGGCAGCCCGACACCCCUGGAUCGCUGGUGACACGGCCCUCAACAAGAACAUACACGAGUCUGUCAGCGCCCAGAUCCGGAAGAACUUCGCCAAGAGCAAGUGGAGACAAGCAUUUAAUGCCACGGCCGUCGUGAGACAUAUGAGAAAACUCCAUCUUGGCAGCAGCCUGGACAGUUCAAAUGCAAGUGUUUCGAGCAGCCUCAGUUUGGCCAGCCAAAAAGAUUGUGCGUCUGGCACCUUCCACGCUCUGUAGUUUCAUUUCUUCUUCGUCGGGGGUCUCAGGAGUCGGAGCUGAGCGGAGACCCAGGCCCACCACUGUGACAGCAGUGCACACUGGAAGCAAGUGACUGGCUCUGGAGGGGGGCCCGGGGCGGGGCCAGGGAAGGGGAGCCCCGGGUGCCGGGCCGCGAGCCACUCCAGCGAGACCCCACCUUGCAUGGUGCACUUUCCUGCAUAGGACUGGAAGACAGAAGUUUUUUAUGGCCAUAUUUUAUACUGCAACUCUGAAGUGUUCAUUUCUCAUACACUGAACUGACUUUCAAGGGGAGCUGAUUGAUUAGGAUCUGGUGCUGUACAUAGGAACCUGCAAAGCUCUAGCUGAAUGAACUUUCUUCUUCCUCUCCCAGCUCCGCCGUGUCCUCUCUUCGCAGCGUAGGUAACCGUCUAUGGUGUAUUUUUUCACUAAUGACAAACAAAGGUUUCAACUGGAUUAUUUAAAUAUUGGUAAAUAUUGUGCAUUAGGGUUUGCUUUAUUUCCUUUUCAGAAAAGUCUGUCCUUUGACUCUCAGUUACGUGGCAUAUAUCUUUUGCUCUUUAAUAGUAGUUUUAUGUCAACCUUCAAGAGAUUUUUUUCCUCUGAGGGGAAUUUAAAGGUAUUUUUAAAAAUCCUAACAAGAGGAUGGAGAGCCUAUCUCCAAGGCUGGGUGUGCACUCUGCUUCUGUUCCUUCUGUCUUUCUCCCCUCCCUGGGAGGGCGGUUGUCCCCUAAGAAGACACCUCAGCUGUUCUGCAGAGCUGUCGUCUCUCCAGGGUGGCCUUGGGAGGGAACCCGCAGAAAACUUUCCCCAGCAAACCCUAGCCAACCGGAGACCGGGAGGCCUCCAGCCUUGGCAGUCAUGAAGAAAGAACCCUCUCCCUGAGGCCCGAGGCCAGUCUUCCUAGGCCACACUUGCCGUAAAUGAGAGGCCCACAAUGCAGAGAUUCAGGAGCCUUCUUGCAGAAGGAGCAAGCUGCUGUCUUGUGUAAGGUGAACCCACACACAACCCUCAUUUCUCACAGGAGGUAACAGAUGAAAGUCUGGUCUCAGCUAUGCAGUUUUAAAAUUAAUCUCUUUCUCUGUGUUUUUUAAAAAAUGUGUUUCUAAUCUUACACUUACAAGUUGUCUC